AUGACGUUGCCGCCGGCGUUGCAGAAAUCGCUGGAGGUGGAAGAGGUGCAAGUAACGCCUCUCCAGGCCUCGGUGUGGUCCGAGGCACGGGCCGGUGCUGAUCUGCUAAUCGAGGCGAAAUCGGGCCCUGAGACCACCACCGCCCUGGCCGUGCUGGUUCUCGACCGCCUCGUGGCGGCCAUCUCGUCUGCCGAGGCUGCCCUGCCCCGCUACGCGAGGAAGAGAACCACCUCGUUCAGCAGCCUCAGCGGGCUCAACAGGAUCGUCAGCAGCGUGCUCCGGACUACUUCCGGCAACAACAGCAACAGCAAUGUCAAGGAUAGCGAGAGCGACCUUUCCACCGCCAACGGCAGCAGCGGCAGCGGUGGCUUGCUCAAGCCGCAGCUGUGCGCGCUGGUGCUCACCAAGAACAGGGAGGUGGCCGCCGGCGUCAAGGUGCGUGAGUGA